GAGGUGAUGGCCGCAGCCGCCGCAUCGAGCCAUCGAACCGACCAUCCAUCGACCCAUCCGUCAGAUCCAUCCAAGCCGAGGUUCUUUGGGCGGCCCAUCCUCCACUGCCACCUCCCGUGCGCGUUCCUCUCCAAGGCCAUCACGGCCGGCCUCAUCCACACCCACCAAGUCCUCGCCUUCACCGACGCAGCCAACCUAUCGGCAGCAAGUAAGAGAGAGAAAUGAAUGGACAGAGCGGACAGACGCCUGGAUGGAUCUACUGUCCCUCUGUCCAGAGAAGAGUACCCUUGGGAGCCUUGAGGUGGCCACGGCCAUCUGGCGCGAGGCUGACCGGUGGCGGAAGAUCCUUGAUCGCAUCGCUGACGGGCAGGGUGCCGGCCAUCCCUCCCUCACACCCAACCCAUUCCAGCCACCGCCGCCCGCCGGCAUCAGUAUCGGCAACGGCCUGUCGGCGUGUGCAGUGAUGCCUGGCAAGACGGCCCUGGCGCUGCUGGACGAGGGGCGGGACAAGACACCCAUACUCACAUUCGUCCAGAAACUCGAUGACCUGCUCGGUGGAUGGGGUGGGGAUGGGCGGCCAGACGAUGUGUGUGUGUGUGUGUCUGUGGUGGUCGCUCGGAUGUGUGUGUGUGUGUGUGUGGUUGACAUCUGUGUGUGUAGGUGGUGGUGUGUGUCUUGGCGAGGGCCUUCUCGAGAUAGUGGGCUGCCCUGGGACGGGCAAGACGCAAAUCGGGUGAGUGAAUGCAAUGCAGUCACAGCAAGUCAGUUAGUUGGCAGAUCAGCAGCAGAGCAUUUGUGUGUCUGUACGAUCUGUCUGUGUGUGGUGUGGCAUAUGUGUGUGUGUGUGUCAGGAUGCAGCUGUGUACCAACGUGCAGAUCCCCGUGGCCUUCGGGGGGCUGGGCAAACAAGCCGUGUACAUCGGUCCGUCAGCUGAUACGCCGCACACUCUUUUGAUGCUGCCGUCGGGGUGUGUGUGUGUGUGUGCAGACACAGAGGGUUCGUUCAUGGUGGAGCGCUUCUCGCAGAUGGGCCGGGCACUGCUCGACCACCUCAACAUACUCGCAAGUCGGCCACCAAGACAUACACACACACACGGCAGACACGCCCUUUGUGUCUGGCAAUCCAUUCCUGCCCUCCUGCAGCGCAUCAGCCGCAGUCGGCCUCCCAUCGGCAGAGAUCGCUCAAUGCCCUCGAUGACGUGUCGCUCAGAUCACUCAUGGACGGUUAGUCACUUGUAAUUACACUACACAGAGAGAGAGAGAGAGGUAAACCCCAUGUCAGUGGGUGCGUGUUGUGGUGUGGUGUGUUACCCACCUAUCUGUCUGGUUGUGUCAUGUAUUGUAUUGUAUGUGUGUCAGGAGUGUAUUUGAUGCGUGUGUUUGACAGCCUGGAGCUGCAGGCCGCCGUGCAGCAGCUCGGACACUUCCUCACACAACACCCAAAGGUGCGUCCCGUAACCCUCUCCAUCCGCCCCUCCCAUCGAUCCUGUUGGGAAAGAGGCGGUCGGUGGUCCGCUUGCCUGUGCGUGUCUGUGUGUGUGUGUGUGUGUGUGUGUGUAUGUGGUUAGGUGGGUUUGAUAGUCAUCGACUCGAUUAGCUUCCCUUUCCGACAUAGCUACACAGGUUGGCUUGGGGGGUGGGGCUUAAAGGGGCCCCCGCAGGCAGGCAGGCAGGCAGACAUACAGUACAAACACACAUUUGAUUUCUCUCUGUGCUGUGCUGUGUGUGUAUGUGCUGCGCUGCAGCCAACAUGGCGGAGCGUUCCAUGACGUUGCGUCAGAUGGCCACUCAGCUCGAGACAUGCGCCAAGAAACACGACCUCGCCGUCAGUCAGACACACCCAACAACACACACAGAUCGCCUCAAUCCAUCCAUCCAUGUGUGUGUAUCUCGAUGGUCCCUCCCUCCUCCCCUGCAGGUAGUUGUGAUGAAUCAGGUGACGACCAAGCUAUCGCAGGAGGGCAACGCUCGACUCGUACCCGCACUCGGUAUCUAGACACAUCGAGUCGACCUGCCUCUCCUCUGUGUAUGAUAUGAUGUGUGUAUGUGUCUGUGCAGGCGACACAUGGUCCCACAUCCCCACACAGCGCCUCUUCCUCGACUGGUGGGUGAGAGCUGAUCCAUGACACCACACCACAUCAUACCAUACCCAGCACGUGUAUACACCUAACAUUCCUGCAUGUAUGCCAUGCCUUUGUUGUGUAGGGAGCGGCGUUCUGCCCGCGGGCAGCUGAUGGAGGGCGGCCCCGAGCUGCUGUCGGCGCCCUCGCCCAACGCCACGCUCGAGGACGUGCCGCGGGUGGCCAAGCUACUCAAAUCCAACAAACGCAGAACCGGCAGAGCGCUGUUUCGGGUGGGUGUGGACACAGACUCUCUCUCCAGUCCAUCCAUUCAUGUGUCGGCGUACGAGUGUGAUUUGAUGUGGUGCAGAUAUGCAAUGAUGGUGUCCGCGAUUUGCCCCUUGCCGAGGACACCCAGAUGGAGGAUGACACACAAGGGGGGGCCCGGGGGAGCAGGGGGGCGCUGCCGCAGCAGUCCUUCGUGUCAGAAUCCCUCGACCAGAUGCCACGGCCAUUCCAGAACUGACGCUUUUGUGUACCUAUCUGCCCUGUGUGGGGUUCGGAACACUUGCCCGGUGUGUGU